CCUCGACACCUUGGGUUACAACAGUAAUGGCUGCUUCAUCAGCGGGAAUGUGUACUGUUGUGUGCAAUUUAAAUAGACAAUUUGCAGUUCAUUUCCCAAGGACAAUCACUCAGAAUAUUUGUAAUAAUAUAUGCAGUAGGAGUUUGUGGACAUCUGUUCCUCGUUACCAUAGUCAGCCACAAAUAAAAAAGAAAAGUGCUGUCCGGGAGCUGGUCGGGGUCGUUGGUUUGGAGAUCCACGCACAAAUCAACUCCAGCACAAAGUUGUUCUCUGGCUCCCAGGUCGGAUUCUCUGCUCCACCAAACUCACAGGUGUCCUUCUUCGAUGCCUCGCUGCCCGGCACUUUACCGGUCCUGAACAGAAGAUGCGUGGAGGCAGCAGUUAUGACGGGGCUGGCACUGGACUGCACCAUCAACAGGAAGUCGCUGUUCGACAGGAAGCACUACUUCUACGCCGAUCUACCUGCUGGCUACCAGAUCACCCAGCAACGGGUGCCCAUUGCGGAGGGCGGGACUCUCCAGUACAGCCACCUGAUUGGACACAAGCAGGGUCAGGUGGUGACUAAGAGUGUGCGGAUCAAGCAGAUCCAGCUGGAGCAGGACAGUGGGAAGAGCCUGCACGAUGAGAACCGGAGCCAGACCUUCAUCGACCUCAACAGAGCCGGUGUGGGGCUGAUGGAGUUGGUGAUGGAGCCGGAUAUGCAGUGUGGGGAGGAGGCGGCGGCUGCCGUGAGAGAACUGCAGCUCAUCCUGCAGACCCUGGGGACCUGCCAGGGCAACAUGGCGGAGGGGCAGCUGCGGGUCGACGCCAACGUCUCCGUGCACCGCCCGGGAGAGCCGCUGGGCGUGAGGACGGAGGUGAAGAACAUCAACAGCGCGCGCUUCCUGGCCCGGGCCAUAGACUACGAGAUUGAGAGGCAGAUGGAGGUUGUUGGGAGCGGUGGCACAGUGCUGAAUGAGACCCGGGCCUUUGAUUUCAAAUCUGGGCAAACGACUCCGAUGAGGGACAAGGAGGGUCUACAAGACUACAGGUUUAUGCCGGAGCCCAACCUGCCCCCCCUGGUGGUGUACGACAGUGAGGCGGCCCCCCCGCCCGCGGGGACAGACCCGGGGCAGGUGGUGCUCAUCGACGCCGUGCGGGAACGUAUCCCUGAGCUGCCCCGCGCCACGAGGGCACGGCUGGUGCACGCUUUCGGGCUCCGCCCCGAGCACAGCUUCACCCUGGUGAAUGAGGACGGGCUGACGGAGUACUUUGAGAGCCUGGCCAAUAUGACCAGGGCGGAGCCGAAGAAGGCGAUCGGCUGGGUAAUUAAGGACGUGUUGGGCCUCCUGAAUCAGCAGGGGCGGAAUGUUAGCCAAAGUCCUGUUUCUCCCCGCGCUCUGGCCCAGCUGCUGGACCUGCUGGAGGAUGGACGGGUUUCUUCCUCUGCAGCCAAGACUGUGUUCCAAGAGCUAUGGAAGGGAACUGGGCGGAGUCCUGCACAAAUCGUGGAGGAGCAGGACUUGGGUCUGGUGGACGACAGCACUGAGAUCCAGCGCAUCUGCCAGAGUGUCAUCGACUCGCACCCAGAGGAGGUGCGAGCGAUCCGCGCGGGAAACCGGAAGGUUCUGAACAAGCUGAUGGGCCUGGUGCAAAAGCAGACCAAAGGCCGAGCCGACCCCGUGAAGGUCAGAGCCAUGCUGGAGGAGGGGACGUCCUGAGAGCCGCUCUGUGAUUGGAGCAGGAGAGGGAGACGGGCAGGAGCAAGAACCAAAGCAGGAGUAGGAGCGGGAGCUCUUAUGUGUCGAGCUGCUAAAUUUACAGGACCGAAACGCAGAAAAUUUCCCUGCGUCACAUCAAAUUGGGGUUUAUACAAGUUCAGUAGGGUUCACGUGUGCGCUAUUCGAGUAAAAAGUACUCUAUACAAGUGGACUUUACUGUGAACAUUUUGCUGUGCUGUUGGGUUUUGGACUGGGUUACUGCUUGAGUUCCUGACAGGGGCUCGACGCGUAAGCAAUGCACUUAAACAGGAUCACUUCAAUGGGCUCUAUAAGCCGUGUAAAUUACCCUGGAUUACAGUGUUGUUGAUAAUAUCAACAAUGAUACAAAUGCAAUGCUCCAUUACUAAAGGAGUCUGAAUUAAUGUCGGCCCUCUCAUUGGGUCCUGUGUAAUCCACUCAACGGCAUGCCAUGGUCCUAGCCAAUCACUUAUGUAUCGCUAUGGCGAUUCACUGGCUUUGCAAGGUCGUUCGAUGUUAUUUUUGCUCAUCAAACUUGGCUUGUCAACACUGGACAGCGUAUGUUAUGUGAUAAAAAAAUAAAGUUUCUGCUGGAAAA